CCGAGUGGGAGGGUGGGCGAGGCCAGAGGGUUGGGGAGAUCCAAGAGGGUCCCUGCGUGGCUCCAGGAAGCGGGUGGGGGCGACGGUGCCCGGCAGUAGGGAAGAGGUCCGCGGACCCCGGCGGGACUGUCGGCUGUUCUACCCGAGAGACUGGGUACGAGGAGGCGUUGGCCGGGUGGAGGACCACGGGACGGGAGAGUCUCUAUUAGAAGGAGCUCUGCCUUCAGAGAUUUCAACAUUUUUCCAAGAGAGACCAGCAAAAUAUGAAGAAGUCCUAUGGAUCCUUGUCAUUUGAGGAUGUGACUGUGGGCUUCACCCAGGAGGAGUGGCAGCACCUGGACCCUGCGCAGAGGUCCCUGUACAGGGAUGUGAUGCUGGAGAACUAUAGCCACCUUGUCUCACUGGGGUGUUGCAUCCCUAAACCAGAAGUGAUCUUGAAGUUGGAACAAGGAGAGCAGCCAUGGAUACUAGAGGAAGAGUCCCCAGGUCAGAGCUACCCAGAAGUCUGCAGAGUUGAUAACCGACUAGAACAGAAUCAAGAAACCCAGGACAGACAUUUCUGGCAAGCUCCGUUUAUCAACAACAAAACACUGACUAUGCACAGAGGUAAUGUAUUAGGAAGCAUUUUUAAUUUCAACACAGACACAGUUCCUUCCAUAAAAAUACCCUGUAGGUGUGACUCAUGUGUUAUGAAUUUGAAAUGUAUUUCAGAAUUAAUUAUUAAUAAGAAAAACUAUUUAAGUAAGAAGCCUGUUGGCCUCAAUACAUACGUGAAGUUGUUCCUUCAUAUUAACCAUGAACAAACUCAAAUGGGAGAGAAACCUUGUGAAUUCAUUCAAAAUGGAAAAUACCUCAUUCAUAAUGAAGAUUUCAUCCCAUAUCAGAGAAUUAAAAAUAUAGAGCAAUCCUUUAUUCAAAGCAAUAAGGAAUACAAGGAAUGUGGGAAAGCUUUCCAUGAGAAGGCAGUUGUCAUCCCAUAUAACCAAGCUCACAUAGAACACAGUCCUUGUGAACAUAAUGAAUCUGAUAAAACAUUCUGUAAUAAUUCAACCCUCAUGGUCCAUAAGGUGGCACAAAGAACAGAAAAUCUUUAUGAGUUUCAUGAAUAUGCUAAACCUUUUGAGAAGUCAUCUCUCUUGGAACACAGAGUUCAUUUAGAGAUGAAAGGUUAUGAGUAUAUUGAAAGAGUGGAUAAUUUCAAUGGGAGAUCAGACUUUCCUGACAGAGGAGAGAGAAUAUUUGAAUAUAACAACUUGGGAGAACCUUUCUGGGAGAAGUCAGUCCUUAAUGUAACUCAGAGAACACACAUAGGAGACAAAGUCUAUGAAUGUAAUGAAUGUGGAAAAGCAUUCUGCAAAAAGUCAAAACUCACCAAACACCAGAAAAUACAUACAAGAGAGAAACCCUAUGAAUGUAAGGAAUGUGGGAAGUGCUUCUCUCGGAAAUCUCUCCUCACAUUACAUCUGCGAAUCCACACAGGAGAGAAACCCUAUGAAUGUAAGGAGUGUGGGAAAUGCUUCUCUAGAAGUUCACACCUCAUAAUUCAUCAGAGAACACACACAGGAGAGAAACCCUAUGAAUGUAAGGAAUGUAGAAAAAGUUUCUACCAUAAGUCAUAUCUCACAGUACACCGGAGAAUUCACACAGGGGAGAAGCCCUAUGAAUGUAAUCAGUGUGGAAAAACUUUCAUAAGCAACUCAGUCCUCACAAUACAUCAGAAAACACACACAGGCGAGAAACCCUAUGAGUGUAACCAGUGUGGGAAAUUCUUCUCUAGAAACUCCUACCUUACAGUACAUCUGAGAACUCACACAGGGGAGAAGCCCUAUGAAUGUGAGAUAUGCGGGAAAACCUUUUGUCACAAAUCAGAUGUCACUAAACAUGAGAAAACUCACAUAGGGGGAAAACCCUAUGGAUGUACUCAGUGUGGGAAAACGUUUAGUCGCAACUCAGGUCUAAAAGUACAUCAGAGAACUCACACGAAGGAGAAGCCAUUUGAAUGUGGUGAGUGUGGGAAAUCCUUCUCUGAGAAAUCAGUCCUCACAGUACAUCAGAGGAUACACACAGGGGAGAAACCUUAUAAGUGUAAUGAAUGUGAAAAAACCUUCUACAAUAAAUCAGACCUCACUAAACACCAUAGAACUCACACAGGUGAGAAACCCUAUGAAUGUAAGGAAUGUGGGAAAUUCUUCUCUAGGAAUUCAUACCUUACAGUACACCAGAGAACUCACACAGGAGAGAAACCCUAUGUGUGUAAAAAAUGUGGGAAGACCUUUUGCCAUAAGUCAGACUAUACAGUACAUAAACAGACACACAGAGGGGAGAAAUCCUAUCACUGUCAGCAGUGUGGGAAGACCUUCACUUGCAGUUCGGUCCUCAGAUCACAUCAGAGAACUCACACAGGUGAGAAGCCCUAUGAAUGUAAUGAGUGUGGAAAGUCGUUUUCUGAGAAAUCAGUUCUCACCGUACAUCAGAGAAUACACACAGGGGAGAAACCUUACAAGUGUAACGAAUGUGGGAAGUCCUUCUAUCAUAAGUCAGAUCUCACUAAGCAUCGGAGAACACACACAGGAGAGAAACCCUAUGAAUGUAAUCAUUGUGGGAAAACCUUCAGUUGCAACUCAGGCCUCAAAGUACAUCAGAGAAGACACAUAAGAGAGAAACCCUACGAGUGUAUUGAGAGUGAGAAAACCUCCAAGAAAUCAGUUGUCACAGUACAUCCAAGGUUACACACAGGGGAAGAAAAUUUGUAAAUAUAGCAGUGAGAGAAAUCUUUCUCUUGUGAUUUAUACCUCAAAAUACCACAGAAAAUUCACAAAGGACAUGACCCCUCUGAAUGUAAAGAAUGGCAAAUCUUUUACUGUAAGUCAUCUUCCAAAGUGAACAAGAGAAUACUCAUACUGGAAAAUACUCUGAAUUUGGUGAAUGUUUGAAAAACUGUUGUAAAUAGGACAACUAAAAGUGACUGUUUGUAGAAGAAACUACUAAUGCAUGUAGGAAAUAUGGGGAAUUAUUUUAUUAUGAAGUAGAGCUUAUUAAACAAAGAACUUACAUAGGAGAUAAUCCUGUCAAUCAAACAGAUGGGUGAAAAUGUUCUUCCAGAAUUUGGCCAUAAAUAACAAUCAGACCACACUUGGGAAAAUGUGUCAACAUCUUGUAUUUUUUUGAGAUCUUCAUACACAAGUUGUACUCAAUGUAUGUCAGGGAAAUAAUAAGGAAGAUACCCAAAGAAUGCAGGAAAUGUGGUUGACCCUUUAUCAAGAAAUGCCAUUUUGUUGAGCAAUACAGUUGAUAUUGGAAGAAGUCAUAAAGAUGUUUCUUAAAGUUAUGUUUUUCUCUGAGCUCAAAAUUUUUAAUAGAAAUAAAGCUGAAAACAGACAUUUAUAAAAACAUUAACUGUGGAAUGUGAAGCUUUUUGAAAGAACAAAUAAACUGAAUAAUCUUCUCAGACUCUGAGUUCACUGUGGGAGAAACACCACCCCAUGGCCCUCCCUAUCAUGAGCCGUCAUAGGUUUUUGAUUAGUUUGUCCCCAGACUAUGCUGUUACCUCCACAAAUAAGGCUUGUUGGUCUGGUUCAUCCUGGGGUCUACUCUAAGCAUUCUCCCCAUGGGCUGGACCCAUACCAGAAUGUACACUGCCACCAGCCAGGGACAGUCUGGAGGACGUAUCUGCUUCCUCGUCUUAGGUUAAGGAACCAGAAGUAACAUUGAAUGGGUUAAUGGAAAUGAGUAGAGUACUGUAGGGCAUAUGACCUUUGUGUCCCAAUUGAAAUUUACAAGAAGCUCACCAUAGCUCCACUUUCUUGAAUUCAGGCCUGUUGACCCAAUGAAAGCCCACCUUUCCAGAGGAGAGAAACUUAGUGUUGUUUUAGUGAAAUAUUUCAUAUAUGUGUCCAGUUAUGAGGAAUACUAUAACCAUUGGUGUGUCUGCUGCAGGUUGGAAGUAAUGUAGUGCACUGAUACUUGCAGUAUCUGCACACCAUCCUCAAAUCCAUUCCAUAUCCUAUAACUUUUCCCACCUUCAGCACUUUUCUAAAUUUGGUUAAUAUUGAUCUCACAUCUCAUUACUUUUACAAUAAUAUUUUACAUAUAUUUCUCUGUGUGUGUGUGUGUGUGUCAUAUUGUUUUGCUAGUGUGUCAGUGGGAAAACGUGUUUUGCAACUUGCUUUUGUCUUCAAGUGCAUGGUUUUGAUAUUAAUACAUACUGAUAUAUUUAGCUUUAGUUGACUCAUUUUAAUAAAGCAUAAUAUAUGACUAUAACAAUAUUGUCUACUUUCCUGUUUAUGAUUUUCAAAAUUUUAAGAGUUUUGUUAUUAAAAUAAUAAUGUUUCCAAAUUUUUAAAAAUUAACUCUGGGCAAUAAUUUAAAUAGGGAUAAAUAUAUCACCUUGAGUUUUAGUAAGAGUGUACUCAUGCAUAUGACUCCUACAGUUAAGAGAGACACACCAUUACCCAGAAGGGUUUCUCAUUCCCUUUCCCAGUCACUCCUGGGACUUCCCCCUCCCGCCUGGCCCCUGGCAACCAAUGAUCCGCUUUCUGUAACUAACGCUAGACUGACUUUUUAAAAUAUCAUUUCACAUAAACGGAGGUAUCCAAGAUGUCCCAUUCCUUGUCUGUCUCUCAUUCAGCAUGAUUUUGAGAUGCGUCUGUGUCUUCAUUUUUUAUUGUCAUAUUUUAUUGUAUGCAUAUACUACAGUUUGUUUAUCCAUUCUCUUUCCAGUUUUUGAUUAUUAUGAACAUAGCUGCAGUGAACUUCAUGUGCAUCUUAAUGUAGGCGUGUUUUUAUUUCUCUUGGGUAAAUACUUAGAAGCAAAGUUUCUUGGUUUGUAGGAUUAGUAUAUGUAAUGUCAGACUUUUCUGAAGUGGUUGUCGUGUAUUUAGAUUUCUGUGAUGAAUGUGUGAGAGUUGUAGCUAUUUCACAUUUUUGCCAAUGCUUAGUAUUGUUACUUUUUAAUACAGCCACUUUAAUGUGCAUAGUGGUGUUUCCCUGUGCUUUUCAUUUGCAUUUCCCUGGUAAAGAAUAAUAUUAUGCAUCUUUCACUUACUUAUUGGCCAUUUAUGUUAUCUUAUUUUAUGAAGCAUCUGUUUAAAUCAUUUGCCCACUUCGGAGAUUGUUUGUCUUAUUUUUGAGUAUUUUUUAUUGAUUGAAUAUUUCCCCCCAGUCUGUGCCUUUUUUCCCCCCUAGUUUGUUGCUUUUUAGAAAUUUUUCAUUUUGAUAAAGUCCACCUUACCAGUUUUAAUUUUUUCUAAGAAAUCGUUACAGACCAGUAGUAUUAGAGAUUUCCCCCCUUGUUUUCUAAAUGCUUUAGCUCUGUGUUAGGUAUGUAUAUGAUCUGUUUGGAAUACAUUUUUGUGUAUACUGUUUUAAGGGUCAAAAUUUAUAUUACUUCAUUUGAACAUUCAGUGUUUUCAGCACCAUUUGUUGAAAAGACUCUUUUCUCCAUUGAAUUACCUUGGCACCUUUUAAGACAUCCAGUUGAUUAUUUGUCUUUGUGUGUGUCAGGGGAUGGCUUCUACCUAUGGACCCUUUAUUCUGUCCCACUGAUCUGUUUAGCUUCUCUACGUUGUCUGAUUCCCAUAUAUUUGUUAAGUCUUUAAAUGAAAUUGUAUAAAUUCUCCAGCUUUGUUCUCUUGUCCAGAAUUGUUUUGGCCCUUCCAGGUCUUUUGCAUUUCCACAUACAUUUUAGAAUGAACUUGUCAGUUUCUAAAAACAAAAACAAAGGCUGCCUUAAUAUUGCUUUUAGGACUUUAUUGACUCUAUAUGUCUGUUUGCGGAAAGUUGACAUCUUAAUAAUACUGAGUUUUCUGAUCCAUUUAUAUGAUCUAUCUCACCAUUUAAUUAGGCCUUCAAUUUCUCUCAAAAGCGUUUUGUAUUGCCUGAGAUAAUUGUAUGUUUUGUUAGAUUUAUCCCUAUAUUGUAUGUUUUGUUAGAUUUAUCCGAGUCUGUCUUGAUUUGCAUGCUAUUAUAAGUAGUAUUGUUUAUGUAAUUUCACUUUCAGUAAUUCUUUGUUAAUCUGUAGUGAUACAGUUGAUCCUUGUAUAGUGACCUUGUUUCCUGUAACCUUGAUAAACAAACAUCAUUUUAGUAGCUUUUUUGAUUCCAUAGUUUCUAAUUGUAUAUGAUCAUGUCUCCUGCAUUUGCUUCUUUCUUUUCAGUCUCUAUGCUGUCUGCAUCUUUUUUUUCUUUUUUCUUUUUUUUUUUUGCCUUUACUGCAUUCUCACUACAGUGCUGAAGAGAACUGGUGACAAAAGACAUCCUUGUCUCUCUCAGUCAUAGGGGACAGCACUGAAUCAUCUACCAUGUGUUUCAUGUCAGCUGUGGGUUUCUCUGGCACAGAAUGGUGUUUCUUACUCAAGUUUGCUGAGAGUUUUAUCAUGAAUAAAUGUUGAUUUUUGUAAUUUGGCCUUUUAAGCACAAGGUCUAAUAAUUACAAGAUUCUUUUUAAAAUUUUUCUAGUAUGAUUAAUUACAUUUACUUUUAAAUGUUUAAACAACCUUGUAUUUCUGGAGUAAAAUCCAUUUGGUUGCUGUCAUCAUUUAUUUAUUGCUGAGUUUGAUUUGCAGAUUCUGUGUUAAAGACAGUUGUGUCAAUAUUCAUAAAGAAUGAUGUCUGUAUGAUCUGUACUGAUCGCCUCUCUUUUGUUUUUACAUUGAUAAUUUGUUUUCUCUCUUUUUCUUCAUCGGUUUGGAGGAAAUUUACCAGUUUUACUGAUGAUGUUUUUCAAAAGAAUGAGCUUUUGGUUUCAUUGAUUUUCUCUAUUUGUCCUUCUUCUGUUUCAUUGACUUAUGUUCACUUCUCUACUGUUUUUAUCUUUCCAUUCACUAUGGGGUUAGUUCUUUUUUUAACUUCUUAAAAUGAAAGCUGGGUUUUCACUGGUCUUGAUACUAUUUUUAUCUUAAUUAUAAGCUUUUAAAGUUCUGAAUUUCACUCUAGCAUCUAGAAAAUCUGGAAAGUUAUGUGUUCAUUUUCAUUUAGUUCAAAAUAUUUUCUAAUUUACCUUGAGAUUUUUCCACCCACCCCUGCCAUGGGUUAUUUAGAAAAGUGUGUUCAUUUCUAACUUGUGUUCAGAGAAUAUAAUCUUUAUGAUUUUACUUAAGUUUAUCUCUCUUGGUGAAUGUUCCAUGUGAACUUGAAAAGAUUGUGUUUUGUGCUCUUACUGGGUGAGAUGUUCUAAAAUGUCAGUUGGUUGAUAAUGUUUUACAAAUUACACAUAUCAGUGCUUAAUUUCCCUUUCAGUUGUUUUAGCUAUUCCUGAGCAAGGUAUGUUGAAGUUUCCAGCUGUAAUUGUGAUUUUGUGUGUUUCUGUUGUUGGUUUGUCAUAUAACUUGAAGCUCUUAUUUUAGGCACAGUUACAUUGAGAUUGUUACAUCUUUCUCUUUGUGAAAUUUUCCUAUUCCUGGCAAAAUUCCUUUUCCUGAAAUCUUUUUUAUAUUAAUACCACCACUUCAGCUUCUUAUGAUUAGUGUUUGCAUGGUAUAUCUAAUUCCAUCUUUCUUUGGUCUAUAUUUGUCUUUUUAUUUAAAGUGAAUUUUUUUUAUAGGAUAUAGUUGACCCUCGCUCUCUUAUCCUGUCUGAUAAUCUUGAGUAACUUCUUAGGUGAACAUACGCCGUCUUGCUAUUUUUUUUAAAUGAAAUUUUUAUGAGAUGACUAUAGGUUCACAUUCAGUUUUAAGAAACAAUACAUGUAAGUCCUGGGAACACUACUCAGUUUUUACUAAUGGUAACAUUUUGCAAAACUGUUGUAUAAAUAUCACAACCAGGAUAUUGACAUUGAUACAGUUCUCAGGCCUUAUAAAGAUUUCUCCAGUUUUUCUUCAUUUGUUUGCCUGUAUGUAUUCAAUACAGUACAACUUUGUCACUUGUGUAGGUUGUCUGUAUCUGCCACUAUAGUCAAAAUACUGUAUAUUUCCAUCAUUGUAAGGACCUCUCGUGUUGCCCUUUUAUAACCACACGCUCUUUACUCCUGUGUGCUCUGCCGUUGUCAGUUCAAACAUGUUACAUAAAUAUAUAUGUAUGUCACUUUUGGGAUUAGCUUUUUUCCCCUAGACACAGCACCUUGAACAUUCAUCCAAGUUAUUGUGAGUGUCGAUGAUUCAUUCCUUUUUGUUGCUGA